UCAACUAUCCUCGAGUGUCUCGCCAGAGUUUCAUUCACCACAUAAAAAGAACAAAAAAAAAGCAUCUCCUUAGAUUUGCUUCUUCUCCCCCACCAGAUUCCUCAGAAACCCUAGAUUUCAUCCCAAAAAUGUUCAGAUCCAUGCUCGUCCGUUCUUCUGCCUCGGCGAAGCAGUCGCUUCUCCGCCGCAGCUUCUCUUCCGAAUCCGUACCCGAGCGAAAAGUCGCAAUCCUCGGCGCCGCCGGUGGAAUUGGUCAGCCUCUUGCUCUCCUUAUGAAACUCAAUCCACUCGUCUCUAGUCUCUCCCUCUACGAUAUCGCCAACACUCCCGGAGUCGCCGCUGAUGUCGGUCAUAUCAACACCAGAUCUGAGGUUGCUGGAUACAUGGGCGAUGAUAAUUUGGCCAAAGCUCUUGAAGGAGCUGACCUCGUUAUCAUUCCCGCUGGUGUGCCAAGGAAGCCUGGUAUGACCCGUGAUGAUCUUUUCAACAUUAAUGCUGGAAUUGUCAAGAACCUCUGCACUGCCAUCGCCAAGUACUGCCCCCAUGCACUUAUUAAUAUGAUCAGCAACCCUGUGAACUCUACCGUUCCAAUCGCAGCAGAGAUAUUCAAGAAGGCUGGUAUGUACGAUGAGAAGAAAUUGUUUGGUGUAACCACUCUUGAUGUUGUGAGGGCCAAGACUUUCUAUGCUGGAAAGGCAAAUGUCCCUGUUGCAGAAGUUAAUGUUCCGGUGAUUGGUGGUCAUGCUGGCGUUACCAUUCUCCCACUCUUCUCUCAGGCCACUCCUCAAGCCAACUUGUCAGGUGACGUACUCACCGCCCUCACUAAACGUACCCAAGAUGGAGGUACAGAAGUCGUGGAGGCAAAAGCAGGAAAGGGUUCAGCUACAUUGUCAAUGGCCUAUGCCGGUGCACUAUUUGCUGAUGCGUGCUUGAAAGGACUCAACGGAGUUCCAGAUGUUGUAGAAUGCUCAUACGUGCAAUCCACAAUCACUGAGCUUCCUUUCUUUGCCUCAAAGGUGAGGUUGGGGAAGAACGGCGUGGAGGAGGUUCUUGAUUUGGGGCCACUUUCAGACUUUGAGAAGGAAGGCUUGGAAGCAUUGAAGCCAGAACUCAAGUCUUCCAUCGAAAAGGGAGUUAAGUUUGCCAACCAAUGAGUAAACCGAUUUUGACUCUUUGGUACUUUUCCAAUUUUCCGGUUCCGUCGUUGUGUUGCAUCAAUAAAAGCCAUGUGUUGGGUUGCUCUUUCCUAAGCACCAAGAUAUAAACCGUAACAUGUUAAAGUUAUGAUUCUUUCUUCCUUUUUUGGAACAAUGAGGCUUCUUUCAUGAACAGAGUUCAUAAGUGUGGUUGGUUCUUAUAAUCGAUUAAAGGUGUUUCAUAUCUAGAUUUAUCUGUCUACCGGAAAUGAAAUCUUAUUUUUUUCU